AUGCACUUGCGACUGCUCUACAUCGUGGCAACAGCAGCCGCUCUCGUCGCGCCGCCGCAGCGGUCGCGCUUGCCGCGCACCGUGACUUACGGCUUGCGCGAUCGUCUAUCGGGUGCAUUCCCUAGGACCACAAAAGUCGCGAAACGGCUCGGCAACGCAUUUAAACGAAACCGUGACGAGGACGACGCGGCCGCGGUCGCCGCGGCUGCCGCUGCGGCCGCCGAAGCGGCGCGCGAGGAGGAAGAACGACUCGCCUCCGAGGCGGCAGAACUCGCGGCGGCCGAGCAGCGCGCGGCGGCCGCUGCCGCGGAGGAGGCGCGGGCCGUGGCCGAGCGCGAUGCAGCAAGGGCGGCGAGUGAGGCCGCCGCCGACCAGCUCGCAGAAGCGGCAGCUGCGACGAAGGUCGAGGUGGUCAUCGAGCCAGAUACCGCACCUGCACCGCCGGUCGAGGAGGGGCCCUCAGUCGCUGACCUUGCGGCCGCCGCCGAGCGUGAGGCCGCGGCAUUGGUUGAAGAGGUGAAGGCUAUUGCCGACGAGGCCGAGGCGGCGGCGGCGCGCGCGGCCGAGGAAGACGCGGCGGCGGAGGCGGAGGCGGCGCGCGCGGCGGCUGAGAAGCGCGCCGCAGCGGACCGCGAGCAGGCCGAGGCCGAGGAACGGCGCCUUGCUGAGGAACAGGCGGAACGGGAUCGCGUCGCCGCGGAGCAAGCCGAGGCCGACCGCGUCGCAGCGGAGGCGGACGCGGCGGCGCGGAAAGCCGAGCAGGAGGCCGAGACGGCACGGCUCGAGGCCGAACGGCUGGAAGUGGAACGGCUCGAUGCCGAGCGCGUCGCGGCGGAGGAGGCCGAGGCCUCGCGCAUCGCUCAGGAGGAAGCGGAAGCGGCGCGGCGCGAAGCCGUCGAGGCGGAGCAGCGUGCCGAAGCCGAGCGCCGCGCCGAGCAGGAGCGGGCCGAAGAAGCCGAAGCCGCGGUGGCGCGGGAACGCGCCGAGGAGGAGAAACGGCAAGCGGAGGCGGCCGCCGCAGAACGGGAGCGCCGGGAACUCGAGGAGAAGAAAGCCGCCGAGGCGCAGCAGCGCGCCGAGACCGAGGCCCGCGUGGCCGCGGAACAGGCGGACCGGGAGCGCGGCGAACGCGAAGCGGCCGAGGAGGCAAAGCGCGUGGCCGCCGAGGAGGAGGCACGCCUCGCCGCCGAAGCGAAGGCCGAAGAGGAACGUCUGAAGGCCGAAAAGGCCGAGGCCGAACGGUUAGAACAGGAGAGGAUCGCCGCCGAGCGCGCGGAGGCCGAACGACUCGCUGCGGAAGAGGCCGAGCGGGCGCGCCUCGAGGCCGAGGCCGAGGCGAAGGCGCAAGCCGAGGAGGCGGCCAAAACGAUGACCGCCGCCGACAAGAUGCGGGCCGCCGGCGAGGCACGGCGCGCCGCGGCCGAGGCCGAACGCGCGCGCAACGCCGAGGCGCUCGCGGCGGCGGAGGCGGCGCUGGCGCGGACCGCCGAAGCCCUCAAAAAGGAGGCUGCACCGGCGCCCGCGCCCGCGCCCGCGCCCGCGCCGCUCGUGAAGAAACAGGACGAUUCGCUCGCGGCGAAGGCGCUCGGCGCGUUUAGCGGCGCGUUUGGCAAGGCACUAGCGCCGGUCGCGGACGCCGCAGGCCAGGUGGCGUCGCAGGCCGCCGCGGCGGCCGGCGACGCCCUCAAGGAGAAGUUCGACGAAGCGCAACGGGAAGCCGAGGCGCGCCGCGCCGUCGAAGCGGCCGCGGCGGAAGAGCGGCGCAAGGCCCAGCGGGCCGCGGACAAGAAAGCCAACGAGGCGAAACGCGCCGCCAAACGCGAGGCCGACAAGCGGCGACGCGAGGAGGAACGCGUCGCGCGACGCGAGGCGGAAAAGCAAAGACGAGAGAAGGAACGCGCGGCCGAAAGGGAGGCCCAACGCAUAGUGGCCGCCGAGAAAGCUCGAAUGGCGCGCGAGGCCGCGGUAAAGGAGGCUGCCGACGCGGCGGCGGCGGCAGCCGCAGAUGUCGCCAAGGGCGCCGCCGACGCGGCCGCGGGCGUUGUUGUCAACGCCGCGGAUGCCGCGGUGAGCGGCGCCGCGCGGUCGGUGAAGUCGACGGUCGACGGCGUGACCGGAAAGAUCGUCGAAGAAGCGGUGGCAAAGCCGGCCCGCGCCGCCGCGGAAUUGCCCGGAAAAUUGGCCUCCAAAGCUGCCGGCGCCGUCGCCGACGGGGCGAAAGGGGCCGCGGCCGCCACGGGCCAGGCGGCCGCCGACGCGGCGAAGGGGGCCGCUGCCGCGGCUCAAGGUGCCGCCGUCGGCGCUGCGUCUGCGGCUGGCCGCGCCGCUGCGGAUGCCGCGAAGAACGCGGCGACAGGCCUCCUCGACGCGCUCAACCCCUUCAAAAAGGGCUCCGCCGACGCGCUUUCGAAGACCGCCGCGCCGCCGCCGCCGAAAAAGGCCGGCCCGAAGCCCGUGUCGCGCGAGGACACGGCGAAGGUCAAGGAGCGGUGCAUGGCGAAGGUAUUGAUCCUCGUCGACCAGGGCGUGA